GAAUUUGCAUCAGAAAUCCAUUUUCGACAUCUUCGAGAUUUAUAUUCAAAUCAAGAAAUUAUGACUCUCGCUAAGAACCAAAAAUCACCAUUGUCACGACUAUACAAGAAGGUUUCCAAGAAGAGAUCAGAAUCGUCAAGAAAUCUUGAAGACGAAGCAAGAACCAGCAGCAGUAGCAGUAACGGAAGCAGCUCAUUAAACGUCGACGAGCUAAGAACCGUAUUUGACUACAUGGAUGCAAACUCCGACGGGAAAAUCUCCGGUGAAGAGCUACAAAGCUGCGUUAGUCUCUUAGGCGGCGCGUUAUCGUCACGUGAGGCAGAGGAGGUGGUGAAGAUAUCAGACGUUGAUGGAGACGGGUUUAUAGAUUUUGGUGAGUUUUUGAAGCUUAUGGAAGGAGAAGACGGUAAUGAUGAAGAAAGGAGGAAGGAGCUGAGAGUGGCGUUUGGGAUGUAUGUGAUGGAGGGGGAAGAGUUUAUUACGGCGGCGAGUUUACGGAGGACAUUGAGUCGACUCGGCGAGUCGUGUACGGUUGAUGCUUGUAAGGUUAUGAUUCGUGGGUUUGAUCAGAAUGACGAUGGAGUUCUCAGCUUUGACGAGUUUGUUUUGAUGAUGCGUUGAGAUGAUGAUAUAUGGGAUUUGGGUACAUUUUCCUUUUAUCUUCAGAUUCUAUUCAUUUAAUUAUUUUUUUGUGAGAUUCUUAUUCCUUUGUAUAUUUGUGUCUAUCUGAAACAUUUGUAUUUAACACACUUUAUAAUAAAUAUUUUUUUGUAGU